GGAGGAUGGCGGACGCCGGCUUGCGCCGCGUGGUUCCCAGCGACCUGUACCCCCUCGUGCUCGGCUUCCUACGCGACAACCAACUGUCAGAGGUGGCCACCAAGUUUGCCAAGGCGACAGGCGCGACCCAUCAGGAUGCCAAUGCCUCUUCCCUCUUGGACAUCUACAGUUUCUGGCUCAAGUCCAACAAGGCCCCAAAGCGGAAGUUACAAGCAAAUGGGCCUGUCCCUCAGAAGGUGAACAAGACUUCCUCCAGUGACAGCAGUGAGGACAGCAGUGACGAGGAAGAAGCCCAGGUGCCUCCAGCGAAGAAGGCUGCGGUAGCUGCCAAGCGGGCCAGCCUGCCCCAGGACCCUAGAAAGGCUGUAGCCAAAGCUUCAGAGAGCAGCGACAGCAGUGACGAAUCCAGUGAAGACGAAGAGGAGGACAAAAAGAAAAAGCCUGUCCAGCAGAAGGGAAUUAAGCCCCAACCUAAGGCAGCCAGAGCGCCACCCGCGAAAGCUGAGAGCGCGCCUUCGGAUUCAGAGUCGAGCUCAGAGGAUGAGGCACCAAGGAACCAGAAGCUAAAGACAGCGCCUGUGCCAGCGAAGGCCCCUGUGAGAGCCCUAGCCAAGCCAGGCGCACGAGUUCAAGCUGCACCUAAGGUAGCCAAUGGCAAAGCUGCUAGCAGCAGCAGUAGCAGCAGCAGCAGCAGCAGCAGCAGCAGCAGCGAUGACUCUGAGGAUGAGAAGGCAGCAGCCAACUCUAAGAAGCCUCUACCGAAAAAGCAACUUGUAGCCAAGGCCCCAGCGAAGGCGGUCUCCACCCCUGCCCAGGACAGUUCCAGCAGCGAGGACUCCUCCAGUGAGGAGGAGGAGGGACAGAAGCAGCCCGUAAAGAAAAAACCAGGACCCUACAGCUCAGUGCCUCCGCCUUCAGCUCCUCUGCCAAAGAAGUCCCUGGGGACCCGGCUCCCCAAGCAAGCCGCAGAGAAGCAGCAGCCCGAGGACAGCAGCGAGGACAGCAGCGACGAGUCUGAUUCUAGUUCUGAGGAAGAGAAGCAGCGCCCCGCAAAAGCAGUCGUCUCUAAAGCAGUUGCUAAGCCAGCUCCAGCCCAGAAGGCAGCAGAGAGUUCUUCAGAUAGCUCAGACUCCGACAGCUCAGAGGAUGAGGCUCCUGCCAAGCCAGUUGGCACCACCAAGACUGCCCCAAGUAAGGUGGCUGCAGUGGCCAAACAGCCUAAGCCCUCCAUACCUGCCAAGCAGCCUGCUGGCAGUGGCCAAAAGCCUUUGGCCAGAAAGGCAGAUAGCAGCUCGAGUGAAGAGGAGAGCAGUUCAAGUGAGGAGGAGGAAAAGGCAAAGGUACAGAAGAAGUCUGUGGCCACCCCGAAGCCCAAAGUGGUGGCCAAAGCAGCUCCAGCUCAGCCCGCCAAACCAGCCCCUCAGGGAGGCGGGGACAGCAGUUCUGAUUCCAGCAGCUCCAGCAGCGAGGAGGAGGAGGAGGAGAAAGAGAAGACCUCUAAACCCCCAGCUAAAGGGACACUGCAGAAGGCAGCCGUGACCCCUGCCAAGCCAGCCGCUAAGAAGAAAGUGGAGGCGGAGAGCACCAGCAGUUCUUCCUCUGAUGACUCCAGUGAGGAGGAGGAGGAGAAACCCAAGGGCAAGGCCACUCCCAAACCACAGACCCCCAAGGCCAAUGGCACCUCUCUUCUGACAGUGGAGAAUGGAAAGGCAGGUGGAGACAACGAAGAGGAAGAUGGAGCCGUUUCCAAGCCAGGAAAGAAACGGAAGCAGAAAGAGGCUGCCAAGGAGGCAGAGACUCCUCAAGUCAAGAAGCUGAAGCUCCAGACCCCCAACACAUUUCCCAAAAGGAAAAAAGGCGAGAGAAGGGCGUCAUCCCCCUUCCGAAGAGUCAGGGAAGAGGAAAUUGAUGUGGAUGCUCGUGUGGCAGACAACUCGUUUGAUGCCAAGCCAGGUGCAAUGGGAGACUGGGGGGAGCGAGCCAAUCAAGUUCUGAAGUUCACCAAAGGUAAAUCCUUCCGUCACGAGAAAACCAAGAAGAAGAGGGGCAGCUACCGAGGAGGCGCAAUCUCCGUCCAGGUCAACUCCAUCAAGUUUGACAGCGAGUGACCGGGCCGUCUGUGGUGACAGGAGGAGUGAUACUCCAGGGUCACUCACUUUCCUCAGUGGACGGGAAACCCUCCCCUCUCUUCAGGGCAGCGUGAUGUGCAUACAGACUGCUGCGGGACGCCCUCUCCGGUCCUGUGUGUGUGUGCCUGGUUUUGCCCAGGUCUGUGUCUGUGUACCCCCGGUCGGGGUAGCAGAGCCACGCAAAGGGGCAGCACAACACUCGUCUUGAAGAAAAUGUGUUUCAGCCGUCCUCCUCCCUUUCUGCCUCCACGGUGGAAGUCCUCCGACUGGGGGGUGGUAGUGUUUUAUAUUCAAUCACUUCCUGUGGGUUUUUGUUGUAAUUUUUAGAGGCAAGUUCCUACAGAUUAAAUUCUGGCUGUUGCCUAAAAUGUAA